GUUAACGAUCGGAAAUCUUGCGGCUUAGUGCAAUCCGUUUAGCGGAAGGCGCACACUCGUAAGCCGCUCGAUGCCCGACCAUGAGCAUGUGCGUGUGCGUCUUUCGGUCGGCAGUUCAGCUCGAGAAGCUCAAACGCACGCUGCUGACCUCGCCAUGCGUGCGCCGUAUGUACGCCAGCAGCGCCGCGAGCUCUCGAGAGAAGAAGAGCCGGACAGUGCUCAUGUACGUGACUUCGAUGACUGUGCUCGUCGGUGGGCUCAGCUACGCGGCCGUACCGCUGUACAGGAUGUACUGUCAGUCAACGGGCAGGGGCGGCCAAGCAUUUGCGAUCGAAGCCGGUGAGAAAAUUGAGAAGAUGGACCCCGUGAGCCAUCGCCAGAUCCGGGUUAUCUUUUCUGCCGACACUGGUUCUGGACUGCGCUGGAACGUCAAGCCACGGCAGUCUGACAUUGUGGUUGCCCCAGGUGAGACCGUGCUGGCCUUUUACACUGCUCGCAAUCCAGGCGAGAAGCCCGUGGAUGGCAUUGCCACAUACAACAUCCUGCCCUUCGAGGCAGGAAAGUACUUUAACAAGAUCCAAUGUUUCUGUUUUGAAGAGCAGCGCCUGAACCCAAAUGAACAGGUGGACAUGCCGGUCUUCUUCUACAUCGACCCGGAGUUUGCGGCCGACCCGAUGCUAGAGACCUGUAACGACAUCACACUCUCGUAUACCUUCUUCGAGGCCAAGCCAGGCAUACAGCUGCCACUGCCCACCAUCCGGUGAACGCGCACCGAUGUGACCCGGCAUCUAGUCUCCUCUCUUCUGCAACGUGUCGCAGAAAGCGUGCAGUUCACGCUGCUUAGAGUGAACAAUGAACUGUGUGUUGUGACAAGCGUUUGGCAG